AUGGCACACCAGCAGGACUACAGCACGCUGGAGGUCAACAACUCCCACCAAGCUCCAGAGGUCUACUACAACCCUGACCAAUACCAGAAGGAAGCGCUUGCCACAGGGCACGGGCUACCCAGCCAGCAAUACCCAGAAGUUGCGUACAAUCAAUACGGCUCGCCGCAAAGCUCCUAUCCCUAUGGCACUCCCACGACAGCAUAUAAUUCUGCGUCUCCUGGUACCAUUGCACACACUUCACUGGCUAAGGAUGGCACUCCAUACCAGGCGUAUGCAGAUGCACCUGAGGUAGCCCCAAACCAGGACGGCACGCCUCCGAAGAAGAGGAUAUGCGGUUUGGCAGCUCGCACAUUCUACAUUGUAUUGGCCGUCAUCGUCGUCAUCGUAAUUGCCGCAAUCGGCGGAGGUGUUGGUGGCGCCCUGGCAUCAAGAGGGAGCAGCUCGUCAUCAGCCAACAACGGAGACUCGACGGGUGGCGGCGCAGGCAGCGGCACUGGCAACAGCACCUCGACAUCUCCUCCCGGCCCAAAACCUCUCGGGAUCACAAAGAUUGCUGCCACCAAUUGGACAGAUGGGAACAAUGUCGGCCACCGCAACGUGUAUUUCCAGGACGAGUACAACUACAUCAUCGAGCGCAGAUGGGACUCGGACAGUAACAACUGGUCCACAAGCAACAUCAGCAAGCUCUUCGAGACAUCGACCACAUUCGGCCCGCAGUUUGGGACAUCAUUGACCGUGGCGGUGAUGGACAAGGGCGGCUCGGCCGGCUACGAGAUCCAGCUCUACUUUCUGGACGCCUUCAACUUUAUUCGCUCGGUGCAUACGGUAAAGCCCGACAUCCAGCCCGAUGCCUGGACCAACAACACAUUGGACGGUGCAUACCUGGAGGUGCGCAAGGGAUCGCACCUGUCUGCCAUGUACCAAGACUGCUGGAACAACAAUUGCGCGGGAAGUUGGUGUGUCGCCUACCAGCGGCCAUCAGACGGCUCGGUCAAGACGGCAAACUCGAGUCACUGGACCGUGUCUGAUGUCGCGGUCGUCGGUACCGACCUCUCCAACAACUCGAGCUUGGCCCUGAUUCCACGGCUGGUGAACCAGCGAUUGUCCGGGGCCAUGCUGGGCUCAUCAGGAGUGGCCACAGCGUCCUCGGCGCCGCUACAAAUCUCCGUCUUUGACGACGCGUGGGUAAAUGCUACACAAAGCGUGGCCAUACAAUCUGCCGCUCUCCCAUCAGAACAGAACAACUUUGCUGCGACACAAUACAACAACUGGAGGGAUGCGUUGUUCUUGUCGCUCUCCGACGACGGCUCCUUGAAGGGAGUCUGGACCAACGACGGGACGAACAAGAUGAGCCUGCUUGGUGCUCCGGCCGGCACCAAGUUCACGGCGAUAGCAUUCACUUUGGAUGCACACUUUUACGGCAUCUCUGGCGAACAGAUCCAAGAGUACGAGCUGGACAAGGUGGACCCGUCGAUAUUGCACUAUGUCGGAAAUAUUUGGCCUGCGCAGUAG